UUCAAGACAUUAAAGAAAAGUGUUUUAAACAAACAUCAAUUAAAACAUUCAAAUUCUAGACAAUAUAAAUGUGAUUUCAAAAAUUGCAAUCAAGCAUAUAAACAUGAACGUCAUCUAAAUGAUCACAAAAAUAGUGUUCAUUUAAAUGUGAGAUAUGUAUGCGAUUGGAGUGAAUGUGACAAACAGUUUAUAUGUAAAUACUAUUUAAAUCGACACAAAAGUACUGUUCAUUUGAAAGAAAGAAAAUUCAAAUGCAAUGAAGAAAAUUGUGGUAAAAGAUUCACUACUAAACCGGGUCUUAUUGGCCACAAACUAAGACAUUCUGGCGAUAAACCAUUUGUUUGUCAUUUCAACGAUUGUGACAAAAGAUUUAAAUCAAAUGUGGAUCUAACUCGACAUAAAAAUAGCAUUCAUUUAAAUGCAAAGUUUGUGUGCGAUUGGAGUGAAUGUAAGCAAACAUUUAAUUUAAAAACAAAUUUAAAUCGACACAAAAGUAGUGUUCAUUUAAAUGACAGAAAAUUCAAGUGUAAUGAAGAAAAUUGUUGCAAAAGUUUUGUAUCAAAACAGGAUCUUAAACGACACAAAAGUGGUGUACAUUUAAAUGAGAGACUAAUAAAAUGCAAUGAAGACAAUUGCGGCAAAUGUUUUAAUACUAAAUCAGAUCUUAAUCGACAUAAAAGUAAUGUCCAUUUAAAUGUGAGAAAAUUCAAGUGUAAUGAAGACAAUUGCGGCAAAUGUUUUAAUACUAAAUCAGAUCUUAAUCGACAUAAAAGUAAUGUCCAUUUAAAUGUGAGAAAAUUCAAGUGUAAUGAAGACAAUUGCGGCAAAUGUUUUGUUGAUAAAUCAGGUCUAAAUCAACACAAGAGUUGUGUUCAUUUGAAUGAAAGGAAGUUUACAUGUAAUGAAGAAAAUUGUGGCAAAAAGUUUUCAUCAAAAGGAAAUCUAAAUCAACACAAACGCAGACAUUCUGUUUUGUGUGAAGGGAUUGAAUGCGAAAAUGCAGUGAAUUUGUCAAUGAAUUGCAAUUCAAUUGAUUUGAAUUCAUGUAAAAUAAGUGAUAAUAUUUGGUCAUCCAAUUAUAAAAACAUUCAUAAAUUGGGUCCAUAUUAUCCAUGUCUUUGGUCUGAUUGUCAAUAUAUAGCGGUUUCUAAAAGUGUGUUAAUUAGACACAGAACCAUACAUUCGGAUGAAAAACAAUUCAAAUGUGAUUUCAAUGAUUGUGGAAAACUUUUUAAAUAUAAACAUUACCUUCAUAAGCAUAAAAAUGCCAUUCAUUUGACACCAGAUGUAAAGUUUAUAUGCGAUUGGAGUGAAUGUAACAAACAGUUUAAAUUAAAAGAGCUAUUAAAACGACAUAAAACUGCUGUUCACUUGAAAAUCAAACCAUUUAAAUGUGAUGAAGAAAAUUGUGACAAAUUAUUUGGUUAUAAAUCAAAUCUAAUAAAACACAAACGCCUGCAUACGGGAGAAAAGCCUUUUGCGUGCGAAUGGGUUGACUGUAAUAAGAGUUUUACCCAAAAAGCUCAUUACGAUUCACACAAACGUAUUGUCCAUUUGAAUGAAAAGUCAUUCAUAUGUGAUGUGGAAAAUUGUGGCAAAAGGUUUUCACAGAAACCACACCUAACUUAUCACAAACGCAUUCACAAUCAUAUCAAACCAUUUGUGUGUGAUUUCAAUGAUUGUGGCAAAUAUUUUCGAGACAGAACUCAAUUAGUAAACCACAAAAGUGCCGUUCAUUUCAAAAUAAAAUAUAAAUGCAAUGUUAAAAAUUGUGGCAAACAAUACACUACUAAUAAUGGCUUGGCUUAUCACAAACACACGCAUCUAGGUGAGCAACCAUUUAUUUGCAAUUCUGAUGGGUGUGAUAAAAGUUUUAGACAAAAAUGUUUGUUUAGUAUUCAUUUAAAACGGCAUAAUAAAAUCAAACCUCAUAAAUGUAUUGCUAAUAAUUGUGACAAAAAGUUUGUUUCGAAACAAGAAUUGAAAUCACAUUUAAUGAGAAUUCAUAAAAUAAUUAUUAAUUAA